UUCUAGGGUGUGUGUGGUAGGUGGUGCCCCGGGGUGAGUCAUGGGGUCCUGGGCAUCAUGCUGGGCCAUCCUACGACGAGAGUUUAAGCUAAGCAACUUCAUGCUUGACCACCAGGAUCCCCAUCUCUUCCUUGCUGCCGAGUGGCAGAGACACCCAAUCUCGAGCGUGCGGGCGUGGUACGUGGCCUACAGAUGGGCGUGGGCGCUGUACCACGUCUCGUGGUGGGCCGCCAACUUUGCUCUGGAGGGCGGCAUCGAUGCUCCCAUCCAGCGUAAGGCCUAUCAUUUCAUCUACCUCACCAACUGGGCCUACCUUAGCAUAGCCAUAAUGAACAUGGUACACGCGUGUAUAAUGACCACCAGCUGGUUGAGGUACAGGAGAACAGCCCAGCUGCCCAAGACAGUCACAACUGACCUGAAAGUCUUGUGGGCGCUCCAGAACCUGGUGUUUCUUCCAGCUCUACUCAUCACGUCAGCCUACUGGACCGCCAUCUACGAUCCAGUCUAUCCCGUGACUGCUCUCAACGCUGAGGUUCACAUCAUCAACUCAGUGUAUGUGUUGGUCGACCUGUGGGUGGUAGCGUCCCCACUGAGGAUCCUCCACUUCUACAUCCCCUUGUGCUUCAUGAUCGUCUACCUCGUCUUCACCCUCAUCUACUGGGCGGUGGGGGGUACUACGCCAGACGGCAAGAGUGCCAUCUACCCCAUUGUAGACUGGGACAAUCUGAGCGUCACUCUGCCUUUUAUCAUCUGCUGCGGCGCCUUCAGUCCCCUCAUGCAGGUGCUGUUCUGUUGGCGUGGUGUGGGUCAUCUACAGAGGAAGGGUGGCGGCCAGACACUGCUGCUGCUGCCGCCCCUCCGUCAGGGCCAACCUUCCCCACCAGGGUACCAUGGAUGUUAUCCUCGACCGUGAUGCCUCCAUGGAAAGCGUAGCUCCUCACCUCCCGGAGCCUGUUACUUCCCAGACGGUGUAACAGGCGUCAGUCAUUUCCCAGACGGUGUGACUGGCGUCCGAAACUUCCUAAGCAGUGCACCAGCGUCAAUUACUUCCCAGCAGUGCAGCCGGCGUCUUUCACCUUCCAGGCAGUGUCCCCGGAUUCAAUGGACUAGCUAUGAACGACAAUUAAUUUUUAGGUCAUUCAUCGUGAGGUGAGAACUUUAAGUCAAAGACUAUAAACCAAUAAGCUCUACCGCUGUGACGGUAGUGUUCGUGUUCACUGUUACACAGGUGAACAUGACCUACUUUGAACCAAGUGGUUACUAUAACUGAGGUGAACAUAAUGUACAGGAUAAGAUUCACUAUGAGAGGUAAACAUGACGUACCGGGAGUGAGGUGGUGUUCCUGCUGCUCUGCACAAUUAACACAAUAAAUCAUAAUAACACAGGUGUACAGGCCUCUCGUCAUACAAACUAAUAACUCUAUGUAAAGAAAAGUUACGAAGUUAAGUGACUCAUAUUAACACAUUAAAUAUUGAAUAUGAAGAUUUAGAUUUUAAAGGACCACAAUGGAAAUAAGUCACUUUGUCUGACUGUUUUGGGUUAUCGUAGGUUCUCUACACACAUGCUGCUAUAUAUGAUAAUAUAUGUAAUUGUAUUUGUGUAUACCUGAAUAAACUUAAAUACUUGAAA